GUCUUCUCCGUUUGCACGGCGAAAGGCGAGACAGACAGGCACACCGGCCGAAAGCGCGCACGCGACGUAAUCCUUUCGGAACUGCUGGCUAGCGUGAAAGCGAUCCGGCGAUAAUGCUAGCGUGGUGUAAUGAUAAAUCCGUCUGGGCGGGACCAUGCCAAGCUGUGGCGGUGCAAGUCUAGGAAAAAAACUAUGCACUGCAGUGAAACGCACGAUUCGGACUACUAGCUGGCAAGUUAUGUUUUCGAAAAACAGAAGAAUGCUACUUGCGGGACGACUUUGCGUCGCAAUGCUGCUAGCGGCCGUGGCCGCGGCUGAAGAUAAGUGCCCCGUGGCUACAUGCGGCGAAAGGAGUUGGCCGAACGGUCGGCCACAGCUUCAAGUGUCGGCGCGCUUGUAUGGCCCUGGCCUCCGAGGAAACUUCAACCUUCCAGCCAGAUACUUUUUUGUACACCUCGUUGACGCUAGUGGCAACAACUUUACGGUAGCAUCCUCGACGAACCUUACUGUGAGUAUCACGGGAACCAACGGCCACUGCAGCAUUUGGACCCAGGUCCUGAGUCGAGGAGAUGGGCUUUUCAUUGUUCGCUACAAGCUCUUUAAAAGUUGCCCCGAGGCACAAGUGGAGGUCAGCUUCAAUGGAUCUCCCCUCAUGGAAUCGCCGGUUGUGGUUAAAGGACCCCUCCACCAUGAUGCUUGCAGUUGUCCUGCUCCUUUUAACAAGUGGCUGUUGCAGACAAAAUGUCCAACAGUGGAUCCUCAAAUCCUUAGGGAUCUGGCAUGGUUUGAAGUGAUAGACAUGAAGAAAAUGCUUCGUGAAGCCCUUCGACGAUUUGAUCAUCCUGGUUCUGUUAGCUUCUGCCAUUAUGCUGUUAUUAAAAACAAGGUCUACCGAAAGUGCUAUGGACAGCAUGUUGGGUUCAACAUGUUCAUGGACCAGAUACUGUUGUCUCUUGCUAGAAAGGUGCUUCUUCCGGAUGUUGAAAUGCUUGUGAACCUCGGUGACUGGCCACUUGAGCAGAAGAGUCACACUGGAGUCCGCAUUCCUUUCUUUUCAUGGUGUGGCUCUAAAAGCAGCACUGAUAUUGUAAUGCCCACAUAUGACAUAACAGAAUCAUCUCUUGAAAUGAUGGGCAGGGUGACUCUAGAUCUUCUUUCUGUGCAAGGGAACAGUGGGCCAGCUUGGAAAGAGAAGCGUCCAUGUGGGUUUUGGCGAGGUCGUGACAGCUGCCCUGAACGCCUUGACCUUGUGGCUCUCUCGCGUCGUCACCCGGAUCUGUUAAAUGCUUCCCUCACAAAUUUUUUCUUUUUUCGAGACAAGAUGGAUGUAUAUGGUCCCCAAACCAGCCACGUCUCCUUUUUUGAUUUCUUUAAGUACAAGUACCAAAUCAACGUGGAUGGCACCGUGGCUGCUUACCGGCUUCCUUACCUUCUGGCUGGGUCUGGUUUGGUGCUGAAGCAAGAUUCUGAGUAUUAUGAGCAUUUCUACUCGCAUCUCACUCCCAUGGUGCACUAUGUGCCAUUUCAACGCAACCUUUCGGACCUAAUUGACAAGCUAACUUGGGCACGUGACCAUGAUGAGGUUGCACAUGGCAUUGUCAAGGAAGCCCAACAGUUUGCAUUGGAUCACCUCUUACCACACCAUGUGUUCUGUUACCAUGCACAGCUUUUCCAAGAAUACUCCCUCAAGCUAAAACGACAUGCCAAAGUUGCUGAAGGCAUGGAAGAAGUGCCUCAACCUCAUAAUAAGCAGCCAUGUGACUGUGGAGAGCAGCAGAGGGAACAUGAUGAGUUAUAGCCGAAGAUACUCCAUAUACUGAAAGUAGCAGCAUUUAUCCAAAAGGUGGAAUCGUAUUUUGCUACAUAUGGCACAAAAAUGAAUGUACAAAUUCCGUGUGCAUGACAUGCACAUGGAACAUGCAAAUAGGUGUGAUUCGAAGAUAUGCUUAAAAGGAAUACUGACACGUUUUCAAACUCAUAGAAAUACUACUACAUGCUUCUUGUACAUAAAAAAGUGACAGCAUGUAUGAAAGUUGGAAAAUAUUUUAAGACAUUAAUUUGGUACUUAAGUUUGUCUCAAAAGGUCGGACCUGGUGUCAUCAACAUUGUCCCAUCAUGACACAAAGCGAAAUUUGCUGACCUUGUGUAGAAGUUAGGUAUUCUGAUGUUUCUCAUGAAACAAUAAACAAGAGUGCUGUGCGUAUUUCCCCUGGCUGUGGUUGCAUGUGGCAACUGCAGCGAUUGCAGAAACAUAGCAAGCUAGUGCAUUCACCUAUUGAAACUGGUUUAAAACUUGUUCAGAAGUGUCAUCGUAAAUUAUCAAGGGCACUCUGAUGCUUGCCUGUGUUUUUUCUAGAGUUUAGAGGGCUUGGCCCUUCAUUUGGACAAGUAAAAAAAUGUCAGUACUCCUUUAAAAGAGCUCUUAUGUGGACAAUUCCACGAGUAUUAUCGUCUGCAGUAAGAGCUGUCUUCACUUUGUAAAGCUUUUGUGUAUAGGCGGUUUUCUUCAAGAAUACUCGGUGACUUUGGAUGCCAAAUGUAUUUCAGCCAUGCGAGUAGAAUGGCUUCAAGCAUAACCAGUGGAAUUUGGCUAGAUGUCGUGGUACUUGAAUAGAACCAAUAUUUUGUUUAUGGUGCAGACUUGCAAACCUUAGCAUUUGUUAAUCACCCAUGUGUCAUGUGUUUCUUACUUCACUGCAAACUUCAAAUAUGAAGUCUUCAGUGAGAGGGAAGUUAAAAUGGCACCAUUUAACAAUGAUAUUGCUUAUUUGCUUAUUCUGAAAUGCACAUUUUGCCUUGACUACCUGUUCCGAAACAUGCAUACAAAGUAUAUUGAUGCACUGGUGUCAUAAGUACCACAAAUUAUUGACAUUGCUAGUAAAGCUAUUCUCUCUCUCUCUCCUCCUCUGUCGUUCUCUGAAGUUUUUAUAAUAUUGCAGGCGUUCUAUUACCAUAGGUUGGAACUGCUAAGAUUAAGGACAGUGCUUCAUAAAAAUUUUCGUCUGCAUGAGACAGACAGAAGCACCUGCUGCUAUGUCUGUGCAGCUAUCUAUUCAUGUUGUCAUUUGGUUUCAUUACACUGUAAGUUGACAAACAAAUUGUGUUUAUGUGCCUGACGAACUAUCUGCUCCAAUUUGCGCAUGUCAUCAAUCACUGUAAGCGCUUGUCGUGUAUACUAGUGAUAAGUGUAAAACACUUGUCAAUAGUACUAUACAUUAAUUGCAAGUAAUGAAAUGCAAAGGGCAAUUGAGAUGCCUGUCUAAAGCAAGCUCCCUGCCCUAAGCUCCACAUUAUUUUUGGGCCCUUAAUAUUUCUGGUCACAGUGAGGAUGCUGACCUUGCAAAAUAAUUCCUAUGCAUUUUAAGCACACUGCAUCAUUACUGCUCAAGAUAGCUAUGCUAGCUUUACUGUAUUCAUUUAAGCAAACCUUGUUUCAAGAGUUGGAGCAGUAUAUUUAGCUAGAUUUUGUGAUUUUCAGAUAAAAAGUAACAUAUUUGCCAGAAAAUUUCUUGCAAAUAUGAUUAAACCUCAAGAGCUGGUGGAAUAUGGGCUGAUGUGUGAUAGAGAAGGCAGAAGGAGAGAAUACAUUGAGCUGUUGCUGCAUGCUUUUACCUGCUCUGUCAGCUAUUCCUUGCACCAACAUAUACCAGUAGCCCAUUUCUACUCAUUUCUACUCAUACUCAUUUCUAUAGCAAACUAUUGAACACAUAUAAUUCUAGGUAAGAAGCAAAACCAUUUAUCAUGAAUUCAGCAGCCACAAGAUAAACAUGCCAUCGAAUCUAUGAGACCACAGUGUCUGGCAUUGGGUAUGCUGUGUUCAUCUAUAAUACCUGUGAAAGCAGUACUGCUGAGGCACACGAGCGAGCUACGUUAAAAUUACUUUGUAUGUGGGCCUUUAUUUUUAAUACUGAAAAGCAGUUACAGAAAACAUAACAUGCUGCAAAUAAUUGCAUAUAGUGUUUUUCAAAGGAUACCCAAGUGUUCUGUAUCGAUAGAUAAGUCAGUAAAUUAUUAUUCUGAGAAUUACCCAGAUAACCAUUAAGUAAUCUAAACGUAAGGUACUGGUGGCUUCUCCACAAAAGCUAAUAACAGGUGGGUUCACCAGUGUAAUAAGUAUCUGUCAAUCUGUCUCUCUUUAAUGUGGUGUAUAUUGGUUGGGGCAUUCUAUAGACACUUUAAAGCUAGCAGUCUGUGCACCAGGGGCUGCCACAGGCAUGCCGCCAUUGAAUGCCUUCUGAAUCAAGAGCAAGCCUGCAUCAGCCACCACCCGUCUUUCCAGCAACAUUCCAACGAGAGGCCAGGAAUCGCUUAGUAUUAUUUAAUUAAAAUGUGAAAGGGCAUAGGGAAGACAUGCUCUGCUGUGAACUGCAAAAACUGCGACAGAGAUUUGAAUGUGUGGUACGAGACUGUGUGCGAGUUUCGUCCGCCUCCGCUGCACAAGGAAUGCCUAUAUUUAGGGCCCUUCAUCAUGUAUGCCUUUUCACAAGGUGAGCACAACAAGCUUUACCACCAGUGCUGGAUAGCCAUUUGUUGGCAAUGAGUGGCAAGCGAUUCCUGGCAAUGACUGUCAGGCUAACACCAUUUGCAGCAGCAACACAGCAUUACCGCCACCUCUGGCACAAAAUAUUGCGACCUCUUAAACUUCAAUAAGCACGCAAAUCAGCACUACAUCCUCCUCACACAAGCACAACUGACAUACUCGAAGAACUUAACUUUCCAUAACAGGAAAGUCAAGCAUGGAAGAGGUGGGCACCGUGAUUUUUCUGCGCUGAGAACCAAACAGCCGAAGAGUGAUUGCUCUGCCACAUGCAACAUUUUUUUUCCACAUUGUGUGCGUACAUUUUAGUCUGUGCUCUAAGAAACCAUUCCCAAGUUGUCUGAUCAGAACUAGCAACAAGAAUUGCAUGGUAAAAGCAGGUCGCCAACAGGCUUUUGUAUGCGUAAAUAAAUCUAUUGCAGAGCCAUAUUGUUGCACUGUCAACGACUGCAACAGGUGCAUGGCUGUAACAGCCUUGCAAAUCUAUUGCUGCAAAGACUAGAAUAUAAAGGAUUAAAGCAAACAUCAUGGUGCUACAUUUGUCGCCUUCAGCUGGUAAGCAUGCGCACUAUUAAGAUUGUAGCGCAGACAGAAUGGAUAAAUUAAACGUAUAAUUGCACUGCCUCUGCAGCUUUGGGCAAAGUUUUAUGUUGUCUACCCACUUGCUGCUCACCAUGCUGGCCGAAAUAGCGACUGUCUAAGCUGUGUCUGCGGUCGUGGUGCCCAUUGUAAACAAAUGAGCAAACACUGAUCAGAAGGUGCUCAAUGGCGGGUGCUGUCUCUUGUGAGCCAAUAUGGUAGUGCCCAUCGAUAUGCUGCUGUAAAAAGUUUGUAUGAUGACUCCUCCAUUUAUCAAGGCAUUUAUCAAGUUAGCGCUUGUCCUGUCGUCUUCUCUGUCUGUGUCCCUGCUAUUUUGCGCUAGUCUUUUGAAUAAUGAAUCCUCCAUUUAUCAUUGUUUGUCAAAGAUAUCAAUUUUUGUUAUAUGUUAAGCUGCUGGGUACAUGUUUCUCAGACUUUUCUAUGUUCUCUGAAGUCAUCUGUGUAGUAAUUGCUUCCAUAGUGAUAUUUUCUAAAGCUUCCAAAGUAUUUGGGUACUUGAAUUCGUGCUGAUAACUCAGUAUUAUGCACCCUACUUCCCUCUGGCAUCAUAAAGGUACUGUGAUACAGAAUAUUUGCUUGCUAUUUUAUUGUAAUAGCAUGAUCUGUGAUUAUGGUGUUGGGGCAUUUGUUUCUUCAGCGCAUGAUGUGUUCCUGUUUGUAGUGUCUUCUUCUGUGACACAAGAAAAAGCUUUCUCUAUAGAACUGUUUUCAAUAAAUUGUUCAAUGUUGCUGGCUAA